ACUUCCGGUGGGUGAAGGGCUUCAGCUGGAUCUGCCGUUAAACACUUUGUCACGAAAUGGGAUGAACUAUGUGCUGCAGAGGGAACGAUGUGAACGGGACGUUAAUUAUUUAAAGUCCAGUGUAAUAAUAAUACCGUUACUGUCACGGACGGAAUAGACGUAACGUCACACUUUAAAUAUGAGCUGUGUGCCGCUGAAGAGGUCCUACAAGGAGCUGCCGGUGUGGAUAGUGGAGGACCACCACGAUGUGGUGCGUCACAUAUAUCGUGCCAUUGCAUCAAGACACCUCCCACUAAAGAACAUAAAGAUGGUUCAUUUAGACUCCCAUCCUGAUCUGCUCAUCCCUGUCAACAUGUCUGCUGACACUGUCUUUGAUAAAGACAAACUCUUCAGUGAGCUGAGUAUAGAAAACUGGAUAAUGCCCAUGGUAUAUGCUGGCCAUGUGUCAUGUGUGGCAUGGCUGCAUCCAUACUGGGCCCAGCAGAUCAGAGAGGGGGAGCACAGGAUGGCUGUAGGACGAGACUCUUCCACCACCACCAUCAGGGUGACCAGUACGGACAACUACUUUCUCAGCGAUGGCCUGUAUGUUUCAGAGAAGCAGCUGGAGAACUCUAAGCCUCUCAGGCUGAAUGUGGUCAAAGUCAAUCCUGUGAAACCAACUCACGGCUCACUUCCAGGAGAGAAUGUUGAAGAGGACAUAGAGAGGUGGUUUGCCAAGAGAGCCCAUACAGAGUAUAAUACAGAUGGGGAAGCCAGCUGCUCUGAGCCCCUCUUAACAUGUACUGACACACUGCAACCAGCAGAGGGCAGCUAUAGGACAGGCCUGGAGAACGAUGAUGAAGAAGGAUCCACCACUUAUAUUAUUAAGAGAAUAUCCACAUUUCUAAGUGAGACAGAGCCAUACAUCUUGGACAUUGAUUUGGAUUUCUUCUCAUGUAAGAAUCCCUUCAAGGAGUUGUACACACAGGAAGAGUACGCCAUCCUUAAGGAGCUCUACAACUUCAGAGGACCCAGCCUCAAUGCUGAGGAGGAGGAGCUUGAUGAGUGUGUGGAUCGCCGUGUUCGUCAGUUAGAGGAUCUGGAAGCAGCAUUCGCUGAUCUGUUAGAGGAUGAUGGGGAUGAGACAGUGACACGCUGGGCCAGCCACCCCGGCAUGGCUUCAUUAGCCCAACUGGUUUCCAGUUUGAAGUCAAGAAAUCUGUGCCCUGACUAUGAAAUGGUCCAUCAGGCAGGGUUAACCUGUGACUCUGUUGAGCUGCCUCACCACAUCAGCACUGACAAGGAGAUCGACACACUCAUCUCAGCUGUACAGCUGUUUCUGAAAGCUUUGCCCAAACCGACACUGAUUACUAUGUCCAGGUCCAGUCUAGAUGAAUACUGCCCAGUUGAGCAGGUGGAUUCGGUCCAGAGCAGAGUACUUGCUGUACUGGAGAGCCUAUAUGGACCACUGGACUUACACAAAGACUUCGAAAACAGCUGCACAGAGACUCUGGACUGCCAACCACAGGCCUCUUAACAAACACACAUAUAUGCAUCACUUUUGGAUUUAGUCUACUACCAUUUGAUAAAGACAGCCACAUGAAAAAUAAAACAUCAGAAUUUUGAAGUAAAUUUCUAUCUUAUAUCCAAAAGCUAGAUGUUUUAAGGCUCUUUGUCAUGAUAAUUUAUGUAAUGUGUUCACAUUAGAAGUGGCCAUAGAAGUUGUGUUUAAUGUUUUCUUUCAGUCAACAAAUCCCAUGUGCAGAAAUCUAGCUGUGUUGGCCUCUUUUUCUUCAUCACUUAAUAUGAUAAAUAAAUGGAAGAAGUGUUGGACUUAUUGAAACACAA